AUGGCCCUGGCUCCUCUCUGCCCUUCAUGGCGUGAUGUUCCGAUGGCAUGUUGGCACAGAGAUGGGCACCUGGCAACAGACAGCGGUAAGGCUGUCCUGUCAGAGGUGGUGGACCGUGGCAGGUGUCUCUGUCGGGCACUGGAGUGGGGCAGAGUGGCGGUGCCGUCUGAACACAUGGCAGAUGCCAAAUGUCAGUGCAGCCUGACAGAGAAGGACACUUUUGCCAGGAGUUGGUAGAAUUGGCAAAGGAGAAGGGAAGGGUUUUUUCUCUGGCAAAGAGAAAAGAUAGAUGGUCAGGGAGGCUGCCAGGCAAGCUUGACGUCUCUCUCUUUCACUCUUCCUCUAUCUAUCUAUUUCUCUUUCUGUCUCUCUCUCCGUCAUUUUCGACAUCUCUCACCUCUCUCACCCUACUCUCGCUCCCUCUCUCCAGCCCAUAUGUCAUCUGAGCACCGGGAGGUUGCUGUCUAUCCAUCCUGUGUCAUCUUGGCAAUGUGCUGAUGCUUUGACUGGCUCACUUCAUAAUGUCCCAGCCACUACAUUAACCCUCUCUCUCUUACAACAACACAGUCUGGGCCAACACAGUGCGUUUGUUUUCUCUUUUGCGCUAGUCUGGUUUAGGAAAUGUGUAUCUUCUUAUGCAAAACCAAGCCUGUCUUUUCUGAUAUUCCCUACUAUUGGAAUUGCAUUAUUACACAUUGAUGCACCGUGAAUUGGUAUGGAUGGAUUGAAAGGACAAAGGUGUUAGUCUCACCUGUUUCUGCUAAUUUGAGAGUUAAUCUAGUAUCUCUAAUUUGAAGCAACAUGCUACACUGUAUCACUUACUUACCCAUAUCUCUUUCUUUCUUUCUCUCUCCUUAGAAUGUAUGAACUGCACUGGCUAUGCUGAUAUGAAUGAUAGACUGACUAUGCUUGAAUCCAAGGUAAGCUUGCAGCAACCAAACCUGUCAUUAAAACAGUACUACAUACAGUACAUUAAUGUAAUGAGACCUCACAAAUGCCUGGUAUUCUCAAAAAUCUAGAUCCUAUCUCAGCAGGGCUGAACACAAAUCUUCCUUCAUUUUGUGUCAGAUUGUGUUGCUGGAGGAGGCGGGACCACCACCUCUCCUAUUCAGAUACUCCCCAGAUGGGUCAUCAGAUAACGAGGUGGGAGCACCCAAGCCCACCCUCAUCACUCCCCCCUGCCAUCGGCCUACCUGGUGAGACGCUUUACAGCAGGACCUCACUGAAGCUCAGAUGGUUAACUAUUCACUUUUCUUCCUCCAUAAUUUUACAUGGCAGCUGUUUCACUCUGUUAUGUUAUGGAUUUUCAGAAAAGUGCACCAAAUGUUUAAAGAAGUGUCUGAAUCUGGUGGGAUUCUGUCUGAGUUGUUAACUAGUUUUGUUUUCCAAGGAGCCAGAGGCCCCCUAGGGCCAGCUGGACCCCCAGGUGUGGCGGGACCCCCUGGACGCACCGGAGAGACAGGCCUCGCAGGGAAACCUGGACCCAUGGGACCCAGAGGUAUAAGUCUUCCCCCCACCUCUGUAUCUCACCCAUACACUAUCACUUAAGGUACAAAGCAGUUUGACACUUGCACAAAUGCAUGUUCACACAUUAGAUGUGCAUGGUGUGUGUAAGGACAGUGUUGUGUUGAGGCUGACUGUGCUCUGGUUCCCACAGGGCCCCAGGGCCAGCGAGGAGCCACAGGGGAGAUAGGUGUACCUGGGCCAGCGGGGCCUCCGGGGCCAGCCUCUUCCUUCUCUCACAGAGGAGACGUGUUUGGUCUGAGGGAGCUGGGCCAGUGUGAGUAUCCCUGCUACACCAAUAAAUUAAAGUCAAGAACUACAGCAAGAAAUGUAAGCCAUAGGCCCUAUAGGGAUUUAUAUGAAUGAUGUUUCAUUCUGAAAGUGUUUCAGGAGUAUCGUGAUUUUUGACCCCUUUCUUGCCAUUGACAGUUUGACAUCUAGAACGUUUUGGAAUAUCCAUUAUUUCAGGGCCAUCUGCCAAACAUAUUGUAUAUCUGGAGACCUUGUUUCAAUAGUAAAUUACUGAUAGCAAUCAAUUGAUAACAUUGGGAGACAUUACUCUCCCACCUAUUUCCACAAGCCUCUUCCACCUGGGGAACAUUUUAUGGAAGAAAGAAAAAUAUGUCAUGACACCCCUUAAAGCCAAUUGACAUGCAAUGUGCAGUCUCACCUAUAGCCCACUGUUCACGGACAAUUUAUGAAGUUAUAGGGGUCUAUGUACAGUAUAGUUUAGCAUGUUCACCUCUGCUAGGUGUCCCAUUGGCCCAUAUCUGGGAAGUCCAUCAGUGGAACAGCCCACUCUCUGCCUGUUAAAAUGCUCUAUUCCUACACGAAGAACCCUCAUUGGACAACAGGCAAAAGGUCUGCCAAGAGCUAUAAUAUAGCCACACUCAGAGGAAGAAUGAGGGCUUAUAUACUGAGCCCUCACAAGACUAUGGAAAAAAGUCAUAUAGGUUUUAUCAUGUAGGUUUUAUUGGAUCCAAAUACCUGAUAAUGUCUACAUUGCAAAAACACAUAUCUUAUCAAUCAAUAGUGAGUCCCCAUAAACCAUAAAGUUGACUUAGUGGAUGAUGAUGAUGGUUCAGACAGAUGUCAGUUGACUGCUGUAUGGAUGACUAGAAGGUUCCUGUAAUGCUGGAGUGGCCUUAUCACCUUCUUCAUGUAGUACUAUUAUCUGUGUGAGACAUGUGAAGUCUAAUAGUGAAGAAUGGUUCCAACCAGAAAUAAAUAUGCACACUAGGGGAGGAGGGCAGUCAGUGGUAGUGAUGUAUGAGUGUUAGAGAGACAAUGACCUCAAAUGAAACUAAACAUAUAGCAUAUGUAGGCCUUAUUAAUUCAUGCUGUAACAUUUAAUAGAUUACUUUGGCUAAACUCUAUGGAUUGUAAAACUGUAAGCUGGAGAAGUCUAGACAUGUUCAAUUGACCUCCAUCUGAGGCAUUUCACAGUUUUGACCAGCAGAGGGCAAAAUGCUCCCACUCGGAUGUCUAUGGAAAGCUGUAUUUAAUUAUUGUGGUGGGCUGGCUUUGUUUAAGCCUGGGCUCUGGCUGCAGUCUGCCUGCUGUAAAUCAGACCCAAUUUGUAACCUGUCAGCACAGCAGCCUGAAUCUGGCAACCCUGGGCCGCCUCGGAGCCAGAAACUGCUCAAUAAAAUGCAAGGCGAGGUUCUCAAGUCAAACCUCAAUGCUGCAGGUAGUUUGAGGUUAGGAGGAAGAGUAGAGAGAGAGAGACCUGUUUUAGCUGAGUGAUAAGUGUGUUUGUGUGUGGGUGUGGGUGUGUGUGUUCACUACAGUAAGUAGUCUAAUUCAGACAAGUCUAUAGUGUACCAGAAAUGUGUUCCAGUGGCAUUGCUGCUCUUAAGAAUAUUGGAGUUUCCUCCUGUUGAUCCCUCUCGGAGUUUCUGCUCCCUACCUCAACCAAUGACCAUGAUGGGUGUGGCGCUACCUCACAACACACCCACAGUGACAACCAACCAAGACAACCUAUCAUCUCCAAUGUUUGACAAUAAUUCACAACCCAAAAUACCACCAGAACUACAGUAUGUCAAUAAUGGAAGUACUCUUAACUCAAACUCGAAGUACAUACAUGCAAUACAUACACUACCGUUCAAACGUUUGGGGUCACUUAGAAAUGUCCUUGUUUUCGAAAUAAUUUUUUUGUCCAUUAAAAUAACAUCAAAUUGAUCAGAAAUACAGUGUGUACCUGAGUAGUACACAGCGUUGUACGAGAUCUUCAGUUUCUUGGCAAUUUCUCACAUGGAAUAGCCUUCAUUUCUCAGAACAAGAAUAUACUGACGAGUUUCAGAAGAAAGUUAUUUGUUUCUGGCCAUUUUCAGCCUGUAAUCGAACCCACAAUUGCUGAUGCUCCAGAUACUCAACUAGUCUCAAGAAGGUCAGUUUUUUUGCUUCUUUAAUCAGCACAACAGUUUUCAGCUGUGCUAACAUAAUUGCAAAAGGGUGUUCUAAUGAUCAAUUAGCCUUUUUAAAAUGAUAAACUUGGAUUAGCAAACACAACGUGCCAUUGGAACACAGGACUGAUGGUUGCUGAUAAUGGAACUCUGUACGCCUAUGUAGAUAUUCCAUAAAAAAUCAGCCGUUUCCAGCUACAAUAGCCAUUUACAACAUUAACAAUGUCUACACUAUAUUUCUGAUCAAUUUGAUGUUAUUUUAAUGGACAAAAAAAUUGCUUUUCUUUUGAAAACAAGGACAUUUCUAAGUGACCCCAAACUUUUGAACGGUAGUGUACAUGUACUAUGUAAUUAGAGCACAGUGACCACCUGUUGCACCUAACCCAUGGCUGUUUCUGUUUUGGGCACAGAUGAAGAGGCUGCGCUCCAUUCACGGAACAACCAGAGAGCUGUGACUGGUCCCCCAGGCUCUACCGGAUCCCCUGGACCCCCAGGUAAAAACACUCACACCCCUGCUGGCAUGACCAUUAAGCCAUAAUGAUAAUAGUGUCAUAAUGUUAAUUAGGGGAAAUUAGAAUACUACUUCCCCAUAUCAGCUAGCCACCAAGUGGGACAUUUAAGUGGGUAUUGUCAGAAUAUUUGGGAAAACUAUCAUCUCCAUUUUCCAUCUCCUGAGGCCGUCCGGGACCCACGGGGCCUGCUGGAAUCCCAGGUACCCCAGGGAGAAACGUAUGUAUAACAUUGGACUUUCAUGUACAUCCUGCAACAGAAUCCUAACUUGAGAUAGUGGGGUCCUGAAUUAUUAGAUCCCUUGAUAAAGAUGAGCAAAAAAGACUAUCGAAUAAAUAAUACAAAAUACUGAGCUAUUUUGUAUGCUCAAAAAAAUUAAAGAAUUAUAUUAUUUUAUAUGAAUACAAUUGCUCAGAUAAAGAGAUUUUGUUUAACAAGUAAUACAUAAAUAAAUAUUGUAUGUCACGGAUUCAGCCGAGGCUGCCCCUCCUCCUUGCUCGGGCAGGCUUCGGCGUUCGUCGUCACCGGAGUACUAGCUGCUACCGAUCCAUGUAUCUAUGUUUGACUUGUUUUUUCUUUAUUGGUCACACCUGUUUCCCAUUAUGUAGUUAUGUCUUCCCUAUUUAACCCUCUGUCUCACACUGUGUGUUGUGUGUGUUUGUUCAUGUUUCGGCUGUCGUUAGUGUGCGGGUUUGUUCCCUCCCUGCGUGGAGGUUGUUGUUCUUUCUUUUACCUUCGAGUAAAGUACGCCUUCUGAUUAGCUCUGUGUCCUGCGCCUGACUUCGCCUACCGCAUUACACUGACGCCUUGACAUUGUAUUCCCUGUUUUCAGUACUCCAGCACCCUCCCCUUGCGAGGAUAACAACACUGAGCCUAUUUCUAAGAACAAUAAUGAGAUUGGAGAAGGGAUGGUUCUUAGACCAUUCCUCCAUACAGAAUCUUUCCAGAUCCUUGAUAUCCUUCGUCUGCACUUAUGGACUGCCCUCUUCAACUCAAACCACAGGUUUUUAAUGGGGUUCAAGUCCGAAGACUGAGAUGGCCAUUGCAACAUUCUAUUUAGUAGUCAAUAAAGAAUUUCUUUGUGGAUUUUGAUGUGUGCUUGGGAUUAUUGUCUUGCUGGAAGAUUCACUUGCGGCCAAGUUUCAGCUUCCUGGUUAUUGCAAAGUAGUAACUAGUUGCAAAGUUGCUAAUUAGCUAAAAUGCUAAAGUUGUCUGUGAUGAGAUUGGAACACGCAACCUUUGGGUUGCUAGACGUUCGCAUUAUACGCCCACCCAUCCACCCCGAUCAACCACCCUCCUUUCGUUUUUGCGUUGUGACCUUCUAUCUUAUAUAACCAAACGUAACAUAUAAUACUAAUUUCAGUGUCCCGGAUUUACAUUUACUAUGUUACGUCUAGUCCAUGAGACCAGUCUGCCAACCCAGACAGUCUUUCCUGAGACAUUGUGCAUUAUACACUGAGUGUACAAACCAUUAGGAACACCUUCCUAAUAUUGAGUUGUAACCCCUUUGCCCUCAGAACAGCCUCAAUUCGUCAGGGAAUGGACUCUACAAGGUGUCGAAAACAUUCCACAGGGAUGCUGGCCCAUGUUGACUCCAAUGCUUCCCACAAUUGUGUCAAGUUGGCUGGAUGUCCUUUGGGUGGUGGACCAUUCUUUAUACACACGGGAAACUGUUGAGCGUGAAAAACCCAGCAGCAUUGCAGUUCUUGACACACUUAAACCAGUGUGCCUGGCACCUACUAUCGUACCCCGUUCAAAGGCACUUAAAUAUUUUGUCUUGCCCAUUCACCCUCUGAGUGGCACACAUACACAAUCCAUGUCUCAAUUGUCUCAAGUCUUAAAUAGACUAUUGCAACUAAAACUACCUACAAAUAAUUAGGCUCUCGGCCUGAUAUGCGCUUUUGAACACCUGAAUAAGCUCCACUCAUUGCACUGGCACCAUUGUAGCCUUGACCACGGCAUUUGUUCACCAACAUCCCCUUACUUUAAAUAAUUACGUUUUUUAUUUUUCAAGGCCUGAAGCACUUUUUCAUUCACUUCCUAGUACAUAUGGAAAUUAGAAAGGUUUAUGAAUUACUUUUUGGAGGGUUACUGUCAAAAUGAUUUAUUAAAUAAAAAUAGACAUUGAUGACAGGUGCAUGGGCCCCCAGAGCUCAUGGGCCCCCCUGCCUUGCGAGGGCUACAGGGAUGUCUGGUACGCCAGUGGCUGUAGUAUUGAAAACAGAGGAUCCAAUCAUUUUGACCACUAUCUUUUUUAUCUUUUUUUUAUUACUUGUUAAACACAAUCUCUUUCUCUGAGCAAUUUUAUUAGUAUCUCAUCUUUAUCAAAGGAUCCAAUCAUUCCAAGACCCACUGUAUGUGCUUGUUAUUCUUGUAAAUCAUACAUUGAUGUCAAAGGGAGAAUAGUGCAAGAAAUUCUAUCUCUGUGUUCCAGGCUGGUGUUGGUCCCUCAGGCAAGCCUGGGGAUCGUGGACCUAAAGGAGACUCCGGUGAAAGGGUGAGGUUUGGCUGCCUUUAAAGUGAAUGAAGAUUACUCUAUUUGAUGGGAAUUCCACUCUGAAAUGCUCUAUGUACAGUCUAUACAUGAGAUGAGUCUACAUCGCUCAUACAGCCUCUGUCUCCUCACAGGGACCCCCAGGACUCAGGGGAGAACAUGGCCAGCCAGUGAGGAUACAACAUGCCUGCUUUUAAACAUAUAUACAAAUUGUUAUCUUUGCCAACCACCUGUGUUUUUUCCAUUUGUGAUGCUGUUUUUAGGGUGUACCAGGGCCAAAGGGUGAGCCAGAAGAUAGCCAGGCUGAGGUGACCCUACACAUUCCCUCUAUAUGAUUUAAUAGUCCACAGAGACACAUCUUCAAUACCUCACUCUUAUGAAAAAGCAGACAUAAUAGUAGCACAGUAGUAGUAUGUAGUAGUAAUACAGUAUACCAUAAUUGUACUGUAAUUGAGAAUGUCGCCGGAGGAGAAGUCUGCCGUUUUACGGGCACCUAACCAAUUGUGCUAUUGUGUGUGUUUUUUCGCGUUAUUUGUAACUUAUUUUGUACAUAAUGUUUCUGCCACCAUCUCUUAUGACCGAAAAGAGCUUCUGGAUAUCAGGACUGCGAUUACUCACCUCGUACUGGACGAAUGUUUUUUCUUUAACGAGUCGGACGCAAAGGACACCCGACAAGGCCCAAAACCUGGUCAUUCGCAUAAGAAAGAGACAGAGAUAUCGGGGAUGUAGGUCGGGGUGCCUUGUAAGGAUCCAACGUCGAGUGGGUAAUCUGCCUCUACAAUCAGUCCUAUCAGCCAACAAUCAUUGGAUAACAAAAUAGACUAACUACGAUCACGGAUAUCCUACCAACGGGACAUAAAAAACUGUAAUAUCUUACAUUUCACCGAGUCGUGGCUGAACGACGACAUGGAUAACAUACAGCUGGCGGGAUAUACGCUGCAUCGGCAAGAUAGAACAUCUGCCUCUGGUAAGACAAGGGGUGGCGGUCUGUGUAUAUUUGUAAACAACAGCUGGUGCACAAAAUCUAAUAUUAAGGAAGUCUGGAGGUUUUGCUUGCCUGAGGUAGUGUAUCUCAUGAUAAGCUGUAGACCACACUAUUUACCAGGAGAGUUUUCAUCUAUAUUUUUAGUAGCUGUUUAUUUACCACCACAAACCGAUGCUGGCACUAAGACCGCACUCAAUGAGCUGUAUAAGGCCUUAAGCAAACAGGAAAACGCUCAUCGAGAGGCAGCGCUGCUAGUGGCCGUGGACUUUAAUGCAGGGAAACUUAAAUCAGUUUUACCUCAUUUCUACAAGCAUGUUAAAUGUGCAACCAGAGUAAAAUAAACUCUAGACCACCUUUACUCCACACACAGAGACGCGUACAAAGCUCUCCCUCGCCCUCCAUUUGGCAAAUCUGAACAUAACUCUAUCCUCCGGAUUCCUGCUUACAAGCAAAAACUAAAGCAGGAAGCAGUGACUCGGUCAAUAAAGAAGUGGUCAGAUGAUGCAGAUGCUAAGCUACAGGACUGUUUUUCUAGCACAGACUGGAAUAUGUUCCGGGAUUCUUCCGAUGGCAUUGAGGAGUACCCCAACCAGAAGCCAUGGAUUACAGGCAACAUCCGCACUGAGCUAAAGGGUAGAGCUGCCGCUUUCAAGGAGCGGGACUCUAACCCGGACGCUUAUAAGAAAUCCCGCUAUGCCCUCCGACGAACCAUCAAACAGGCAAAGCGUCAAUACAGGAUUAAGAUUGAAUCGUACUACACCGGCUCCGACGCUCAUCGGAUGUGGCAGGGCUUGCAAACUAUUACAGACUACAAAGGGAAGCACAGCCGCGAGCUGCCCAGUGACACGAGCCUACCAGAUGAGAUAAAUUACUUCUAUGCUCGCUUCGAGGCAAGCAACACUGAAGCAUGCAUGAGAGCAUCAGCUGUUCCGGACGACUGUGUGAUCACGCUCUCCGUAUCCGAUGUGAGUAAGACCUUUAAACAGAUCAACAUUAACAAGGCCGCAGGGCCAGAUGGAUUACCAGGACAUGUACUCAGAGCAUGCGCUGACCAUCUGGCAAGUGUCUUCACUGACAUUUUCAACCUGUCCCUGACUGAGUCUGUAAUACCAACAUGUUUCAGGCAGACGCCAUAGUCCCUGUGCCCAAGAACACUAAGGUAACCUGCCUAAAUGACUAUCGACCUGUAGCACUCACGUCUGUAGCCAUGAAGUGUUUUGAAAGGCUGGUCAUGGCUCACAUCAACACCAUUAUCCCAGAAACCCUAGACCCACUCAAUUUGCAUACCGCCCCAACAGAUCCACAGAUGAUGCAAUCUCUAUUGCACUCCACACUGCCCUUUCCCACCUGUACAAAAGGAACACCUACGUGAGAAUGCUAUUCAUUGACUACAGCUCAGUGUUCAACACCAUAGUGCCCUCAAAGCUCAUCACUAAGCUAAGGACCCUGGGACUUAACACCUCCCUCUGCAACUGGAUCCUGGAUUUCCUGACAGGCCGCCCCCAGGUGGUAAGGGUAGGUAACAACACAUCUGCCACGCUGAUCCUCAACACGGGGGCCCCUCAGGGAUGCGUGCUCAGUCCCCUCCUGUACUCCCUGUUCACCCAUGACUGCAUGGCCAGGCACGACUCCAACACCAUCAUUAAGUUUGCAGACGACACAACAGUGGUAGGCCUGAUCACCGAAAACGAUGAGACAGCCUAUAGCAGGGUUCUUCAAUUCCGGUCCUGGAGGGCCGAAACACUUCUGUUUUUUAUUUCUACCUGGUAGUUAAUUGCACUCACCUGGUGUCCCAGGUCUGAAUUAGCCCCUGAUUAGAAGGAGAGGAUGAAAAACAGAGGUGUUUCGGCCCUCCAGGACCGGAAUUGAAGAACCCUGGCCUAUAGGGAGGAGGUCAGAGUACUGGCCGUGUGGUGCCAGGGUAACAACCUCUCCCUCAACGUGAUCAAGACAAAGGAGAUGAUUGUGGACUACAGGAAAAAGAGGACCGAGCACGCCCCCAUUCUCAUCGACGGGACUGUAGUGGAGCAGGUUGAGAGCUUCAAGUUCCUUGGUGUCCACAUCACCAACAAACUAUCAUGGUCCGAACACACCAAUACAGCCGUUAAGAGGGUAUGACAAAGCCUAUUCCCCCUCAGGAGACUGAAAAGAUUUGGCAUGGGUCCUCAGAUCCUCAAAAUGUUCUACGGCUGCACCAUCGAGAGCAUCCUGACUGGUUGCAUCAAUGCCUGGUAUGGCAACUGCUCGGCCUCCGAAUGCAAGGCACUACAGAGGGUAGCGCGUACGGCCCAGUACAUCACUGGGGCCAAGCUUCCUGCCAUCCAGGACCUCUAUACCAGGCGGUGUCAGAGGAAGGCCCUAAAAAUUGUCAAAGACUUCAGUCACCCUAGCCAUAGACUGUUCUCUCUGCUACCGCACGGCAAGCGGUACCGGAGCGCCAAAUCUAGGUCCACAAGGCUUCUUAACAGCUUCUACCCCCAAGCCAUAAGACUCCUGAACAGCUAAUCAAAUGGCUACCUGGACUAUUUGCAUUGUUCCCCCACCCGCUCUUUUACGCUGCUGCUACUCUCUGUUUAUUAUCUAUGCAUAGUCAAUUUAACUCUACCUACAUGUACAUAUUACCUCAAUUACCUCGACUAACCUGUGCCCUCGCACAUUGACUCUGUACCGGUACCCCUUGUAUAUAGCCUCGCUGCUGUUAUUUUACUGCUGCUAUUUAAUUAUUUUUUCCUUAUCUAUUUUUUACUUACCACUUAUUUUUCUUAAAACUGCAUUGUUAGGUUAAGGGCUUGUAAGUAAGCAUUUCACUGUAAGGUCUACACCUGUUGUAUUCGGCGCGUGUGACAAAUACAAUUUGAUUUGAUUUGAAUAAAUGAAUAGACCUUAACAUAUAGUUCCUGAUGGAAGCUGAUAGCUUGAUAGCUGAACUUGAUGCAGUGAUGUGGUUCUGUCCAGGGGGAGGGGGUGCAGCAGCUGAGAGAGGCUCUGAAGAUCCUGGCUGAGAGGGUUCUCAUUCUGGAGCACAUGAUCGGCAUUCACGGUGAGAGACACACACCCUUACUCAGAAAACGACAGGGUCUCUAGGAAUAAGGGUUGUUAGAGGGAUAUACUAUGUCCAAUUCCAAGCAAUCACUGUGUCUGUCAGUGACAAGUUAUGUUGUAUUGGAGAGUCCUGCUUGUGAGAGUGAGAUUAAAUGUAUCUCCCUCUGUCUCUAUCCCCAAUCCUUUCCUCCCUCUCUCUCUCUCUUUGGUCAUUUGUCAGAGAACCCACUAGAACCCGGUUCUGGCCUGGACAUCCUGUCAGACCUGGUGCCCAUGUUUAAAAACAAAAGGGCAGGACCCAAUACCCUGCUCCACUCUCUCACCACAGGAGACCGAAAGCUGAUUGGAGAGGAAAGAGUGAGGAGGAGGGGCAAUUAG